UUUAGCCUUCAAAAUGGGGUCGACUCCUUCCCGCUCCUCUGGCAAUAUUCAUGCCAGGACUGAAACUUCUUCAGAGCCUCAAUUCUCGGCUUACUUCCCAAAGCUAUUCGGCAUUCUUCAGAGCGACACAAUUCCUUCUAUUCUUUCAGGAUGUGAGAUCAUGCAAGAAGCGUACCCAGAAAUUGAAGAACAGAUUUACCAAGUCUGAAAAGAUGAACUAGAUGAGGUCAUCGGCAAGGAUGUCAUGGACGAGCUCAUUAGCUAUGGACAUUGAUACCUGCAUAUCCUCAUGGUGGUGUAUAACUGAUAUACAGAUGAGAGAUUUCAAGAUCUUUUGCCUUCCCAUCAGAAUCAACUCCUUUGGGCAGCAUUACUCCAUGAUAUUGGAAAAAGAGGCAAGCCUGUCUUUGAAGGAAAGGAUCAUAUCCAUCCUUUUCGAAGUGCAGGCAUUGCUAUGGAAAUAUUUGUUAAAACAGAGUUUAUUCAAGAGAAAUAUAAAGAUAAAGCUCUUGAACUCAGUGAGAUUACUCUGGAAGCUUAUAAAGAGAUUGAUUGCCCUAAAUUUAAACGUAAACAUCGCAAAAACUGGGACAAAAUGUGACAGCAUUGUCACGAUCAUUCACAAUUAGAAAAGAUUUUUGAAUAUCUUAAAUAUGUUUCACAAGGAGAUUCUUUCAUUAUAAAUACUUUUGCUUUAGUACUUUUCCACCAGAGUAUUUAUGGUAUAAAAUGCUACCGCCCAGUGGUAGAAAUCUCAGAUGAAGACAUUAAGAAGUAUAUUGAUCCUUCCACACUUGAUAUGUAUGAAAUCAUCAUGAAUGCAGAUAGUCAUGCGUAUACCAUUAUCGGAGUGGAUCAGGUACUUGUGAAGAAGUAUAAGAAGGAAAUUAGCAAAGAGAUAAAAAGAAUUAAAAUAGAAGUUUUUGAGCAAAAAUAAAAAUAAAAAAUCUGAUCAUUCUAAUGUAGAUAGUAGAUAGAUUUCUGAUAGUUUUUGGAUAUAAAAAAUAAGAAAAUAAAUUCUGAGGAGAGUCGGAUGAAGGGAGUUUGAAUGGCAGCCUGUUUUUGAAAUGUUCUGGCAGCUUUACAAGCCUAUCUUUUAAAGGAAAAAUGAAUCUAGUAAUAUUCUAGCAGCUUGUAGCUGAAGUAUCUAGUUUCCAUGAUCUUAAAAUCCUUCUAAACUUAUACAAUAAUAGUAACAUUUUUCAACCCUAAUACCCAUAAUA